GCGCCCUUGUCGGGCCGCUGUAGUUCGGAAGUCGCGAAGGGGCUGCGCUCCGCUUAAACCCCUGGCGGACAGUGGGCCGAGGUCCCGCAGGGGCUGCUGUGGCCGGCGCGGGCGGGAGCGCGGGGCAGCUUCUGGGACAGGGCGGGGGCGCCCUGGCUGUGUGCUCCCCUCUUGCCCGCGUCACCCCGCCUCUAGGUGGGAACCGCCCCCGCCUUCCGUACCCCGGACCCGGUGGCGCUUCUGCCCGCUGCCCCGCCUCCCCGCGUCGGUCUCGGACAACUGGGAGGAGCGGGUGUGCGGCCGCGGGGACCACAACGCCCGCCAGCGUCCCCGCGACCGUCUCCCGGGCUGCCCCAACGCUGACGUGGAACCACCCGUUCUGAAUCCUCAUGGAGAAGUUUGGAAUGAAUUUCGGGGGUGGCCCCAGCAAAAAGGACCUGCUGGAGACCAUUGAGACGCAGAAGAAGCAGCUCUUCCAGUACCAGGCACGUCUCAAGGAUGUGGUUCGCGCCUAUAAAAGCUUACUGAAAGAGAAAGAGGCGCUAGAGGCCAGCAUCAAGGUGCUGUCAGUAUCCCAAGAGGCGGAUGUGGGCCUGGCAGAUGGCCCGCCUCCAGGCCUCACCUGUCCUGACAACGUGGAUGACCGAUGCUCCACUCACAGCGAGGAUAGCACUGGGACCGCCACUAGCUUGGAUACUGUCGCCAGUCUCACUAGCACCAAGGGUGAGUUUGGGGUAGAAGAUGACCGACUGGCCCGUGGACCACCACCUCCAAAGUCGGAAGAGGCCAGCGGGUCGGAGAGUGGUGUUAGCAGUAGCAGUGGGGAUGGACCGUCUGCAGGUGGGGAGGUGGACAAACGAUUGCACCAGCUGAAGACUCAGUUGGCUACUUUGACCAGCGCUUUGGCUACAGUCACCCAGGAGAAGUCCCGCAUGGAAGCUUCUUACCUGGCUGACAAGAAGAAGAUGAAACAGGACUUAGAGGAUGCCAGUAAAAAGGCAGAGGAAGAGAGGGGCCGUCUGGAGGGAGAAUUGAAGGGGCUGCAGGAGCAGAUAGCGGAAACCAAAGCCCGACUUAUCACACAGCAGCACGAUCGGGCCCAGGAGCAGAGUGACCAUGCCUUGAUGCUGCGUGAGCUUCAGAAACUGCUGCAGGAGGAGAGGACCCAGCGCCAAGACUUGGAGCUUCGGUUGGAAGAGACCCGAGAAGCCCUGGCAGGGCGGGCAUACGCAGCUGGUCAGAUGGAAGGGUUUGAACUGCAGACCCGACAGCUGACCCGUGAGGUGGAGGAGCUCAAAGGUCAGCUGCAGGCUCUCCAGGAUGAGAAGAAUCAGCCAGACCCCCGGCUGCAGCAGCUGCAGGAAGAAGCUGCCUGCCUUAAGAGCCAUUUCCAGGCUCAGUUGCAGCAGGAAAUGAGGAAGGCAGCCCUCGCAGAGGAUCAACGACGUCAGCAAUCUCAGCUGGAAGAGCAGAGGGUGGCAGCCCUGGAGAACCAAAUAUCUGAGGUGUCGGAACUGCUGGGCACAUAUGAGAAAGCCAAGCAGAAGGACCAGCUGGCCAUCCAGAAGCUGAAGGAGCGCAUCAUGCAGCUGGACCUGGAGAACAAGACGCUGGCUCUCGCAGCCUCCAGCCGGUCCCCUCUAGACAGCCAUGGAGAGGAGUCCAGUCUGGACGUCAAUGUCCUGAAGGACAAGAUGGAGAAGCUGAAGAGGCUACUGCAGGUGGCGACCAGGAAAAGCCAGGUGACCUUGGAUGUGGAGAAGCUCUGCGACCUGGAGAUAAUGCCCAGCUCUGAGGCCGCUGACGGGGAGAAGGCUACCGUGCUCUACUACCAACAGGAGCUGAAACAGCUGAAGGAAGAGUUUGAGAGGUACAAGGUGAGGGCCCAGGUCGUCCUCAAGAGCAAGAACAGCAAAGACGGCAACCUGGCCAAGGAGCUGGAGGAAGCCCAGGAACAGCUUGCAGAGCUCAAGGAGAAGUAUAUUUCCCUGCGUCUGUCCUGCGAGGAGCUUGAGCGCCAACACCAGCAGGAGGCCGAGGACUGGAAGCAGGAGCUGGCCCGGCUACAGCAUCACCACCGGCAGGAGCUGGAGCGGAGCCAGCUGGAAUUCAGGGACCGCACGCUGAAACUGGAGGAGGAACUGCACAGGCAGCGCGACCGGGCGCUGGCCGUGCUGGCCGAGAAGGACCUGGAGCUGGAGCAACUGCGCUCCGUGGCCUUGUCCUCCGGGCUGCCGGGACGCAGAAGCCCUGUGGGUGGCGGAGGUCCUGGGGACCCGGCCGAGGUCACUUCCUCGGAGAGCCUGACCCAAGCCCUGCAACUAGCUGCGGCCAACGAGCCUACUUUCUUCCUGUACGCUGAGCAGUUGGCCCGCAAGGAGGUGGAGAUCACGUUGCUGAGGAAACAGAAACACAGGCUGGAGGUCGAGGUCCGUCAGCUGCAGGAGCGGCUGCUGGAGGAGGGCGAGCGGCAUCGUGAGGAGGUCGGGGUCCUGCAGAGCCACAUUGAAAAGAACUUCAGGGACCAGAGCCGGGAGGGAGCCAACCUCGAGUACCUCAAAAACAUCAUCUACCGCUUCCUGACCUUGCCCGACAGCCUGGGCCGCCAGCAGACACUCACAGCCAUCCUGACUAUCUUGCAUUUCAGUCCCGAGGAGAAACAAGUGAUCAUGCGGCUCCCCCCCAGUGGGAGCUGGUGGCCUUCUGGCAAGAGAUGAUGCCGUUUUCACUGCCUGGAAAUUUCUGUGCCUCUUCUGUGGGAAGGGACAGGUUCUGGUUUCUACUGCCCCUUCUCUUAAUCUUUUCUUUCUUCACUGUGUUGAACUGGGAGGAGUCUUCAACGUAGGGUGGGAUUUUCUGCCAAAUGCCAUUAACUCCGCUUUACCCCUUGGGCCCUAGAGACACUGGAAGAGUUGGGACAACAUCUUCUGGUGGUGUGUGUGUGAGGGGGAGAGGCAGGAAGAGGUUGGGAUUGAGAGGUGCAAAAGUUGGGGAAGUGGUGAAAAUCUUUAAAAAUAAGACUUCUCUGUUUUAAUAUUAUGCUCCUAGUGCAGAGCUAGGAGUAAAUGUGACUCCAAAGGGAGUUCAGUUAAUUUCUAAACACACACAAGGACCAGCUGUUUUCUCCAUCAGCACAAUCUGAGUCUGGUCCACUGCUGCCCCAAUUCUCUGGGGAUACACAUCCAGGCUGAAGAGGGACCAGGAAGUUUGAAAUAGUGACAGCUUGCCCACUAGUCCAAAGGGCCAAGGAAUAGGGAGUUCAUCCUGGAGCUGGGAAGCUUGGUUUAGUUAGGGCUGGGCACGACUUAACCAGUCUGGACAAAAUGCUCCACUUGUGACCAUUGUAGAGAGAGCCCUGAGCACCAGUUCGAUCUUAGGGAUUUCCUGAGUGACCUGCUUUUCGUCUGGAUAGAGUUACCAUAGACCCUUCCUGCUUGUCCCUGCCUUAACCUGCCCGCCUGAGGUUGGCCUGAGAUUGUGCGGGAAUGACUUUGCUAUCUUCAGUGUGGAACUUCCAUUGCAAAAAAAAUUCUAGCUUCUUACAGAGCGGAGUCUGGUCAGGAAGCUGUGGUCCUGCCUGGAUGCAAGGAAUUAGUGCAGAGAUAUACAGGGCAGAGGAGGAAGACCUACUGCAGAGGAUUCCAGAAGAUUGCUGUGAGUGAGCCUCAUAGGAAAAGUGGCGGAAGUUCAGCCAAGGCUGGGCCAGGGUGCUUGCUGCUCCGUGGACAGCAUUCUGGCUAAAUGUCCACGUCCCUGCAGCCAGGGUAUUCAUGGAUUACAGUUACCAGAGUAUAUUGCCCACUCCCUUGAGGAGGUAAUUGAGUUUCAGCCCACAGUCCUCAUCUUCCCCACUCGUGUUCCUAUAACUUUUCCUCCUCCCACAGAGUUUCUUCCAUUUGGUGUUGCGUAAGUAGAUUCAUUCUGCCCUUACGGAAAGGAGGACACAGACUUCUAAGUCAGGUUCAAACAGUAUCUGUGCGUUCCUUGCCCCCAUCUGCUCUUGCUGGUCUUUGGAUCUUAAAGACCAAUGCUUUGCCACUCACUGAACAAAUACAUUUUUUUCCUGUUAUUUCAUCAUAGAGAUCUGGUUUGUGAGGGUUUGGGAUGCAGAAAACUUUUGAUUAAAUGUUCUGAUUGGGAGGCUGGGCAACCUGGACUAUCUACAAACAGUGAGUGGAAUUAAUGGAACAGAAUUGAUGUGCUCAAAUGAUAAUAACAUAAACCGUGGAAUCAUUAAACCUGAA